AUGGCCCAAAACUCUGUCACUGGACGUCCGCCAUCACCUCCACAUUCAAUCGACGGCCACUACAGCCAAGGCGACGAUAACCGGCCCAGCGCAACGGUUGUCGUAAAGCCGGAGCCUUUCACGCCACCAAUGCCCCCAGCAUCAAUGGUGCCAGAAAUGGGCUCCCAACAGACAUAUGAUCCUUAUGGCGACCCUUCUCUGUAUCAUACAGCGCCAACUCCCGUUUUCUAUACACCACAGCAGACUAUCGCCAGAUCCGUUCCAUGUCACACACCUCCUCAAAACAUUGGCAUCCUGACACGCAGUGGUCGCACUCUCGGAACUCCAUCGAGCACAGGAGGUACCGAAUCUCCACGUCCCUCGCUCUCCCCAAAGUCGCGCAAGAAUCCGAAAAAGAAAGCUGGCAAAAAGGGAGGACCUGCCAUCGAUCAACCACUCAGCAUUCUGACAAGGGACUAUAAGACUCCGGUUCGGGAUAUGGCACUGUGGGUCAACCGACCAGUCGAAGAACGAUUGGCAGAAGUGGAGAGGAAAAAGGGAUACGUUUCCAGACCGAUGAACUCCUUCAUGUUGUAUCGAUCUGCGUACGCAGAGCGAGUGAAGCAAUUCUGCAAGGAGAACAACCACCAGGUGGUCUCGCAGGUGACGGGGGCAAGUUGGCCGCUGGAACCCAAGGAAGUGAGAGAUCUGUACGAGCGAUAUGCCAACAUCGAACGCGACAACCAUGCCGCAGCUCACCCCAACUACAAGUUCGCACCAAACAAGACGGGGAAGAGGACAAGGAAUGAGGACGAGGUCAGUGACAGUGAUCCUGACUGGGAAGGUUCCAUCAAGAGCUCCAAGCGCAGUCGCAGUGUCAGGCGCUUUGACAGCAGAAGUGCCUCCUCGACACCAUUCGACGACAGGCCUGCUGUUUACCACCGCAUGAUCCCAGCACAGCAUCACUUGCCAGGGUACGAAAUGACCAAUCCAUACAGACCGGCUCAGAUCAUGGUGGGCUCGAAUGGCAUGGUUGGCGACUAUUACCAGGCGACAACUUCUGUUGGACCGUACGAGCAAGUCUCCGACAUCGCCUACCGAAGGUUGGAGGAUCCUUUCCCUCCAUACCAGCCGCCGAUGGGCUUGGUGGGGCUGCCGCAUGCCGAACACCACGAGCUGCUGACGACUUACCCUGCGCCUCAGCCUAUGGCGGUAUCUGUCCAGCACGACAUUCUCGACCCUCGGCUGGGACAACUGGAUCCUGGGUAUCAGAUCGUCUAUUACGACGACGGUGUUGAGCCGGCCCAUGAAAUCCCAAGGUCAAUUGCCUAUGAGUCUGCGCCGCAGCUAGAAUUGACUUACCAGCCUGAAGCUUACCAUCCGGGUCUAGCCACGUUGACGGAGGAGCAUGAUGUAUGGGCAGAGCCAGGACAGGCCGGGUCGGACUUUGAUUCGGAGUUCCAGAAGUUGAGUUGA